AUCUUUGGAUGUGAAAUUCUGCUUUAUGUGAGUGUAUGUAAAGCAUGCAUACAUUUAUAUAUAUAUAGCUUAAAAAUGGGUAAAAUGCGCAGGCUAUUCCCUUUAAAUUACGCACACAGAUGAACCUCUUCAGGUCUCCUUUUAUUGACGGCACGUAUAAUCACACGCACCUCAUAAAACAUUUAUUGAUACAUUAUUGCUCUCCUUUGAAUGAAUACAGUAAUUUCACAACCGCCGUUUCCGACUCGACUUAAAAAAUUAAACCGGCCCAGAAAAUACGUUUCCUCGCCCAAUAUUUAACAAUGGAUAUGCCGCGUUGUGAACGGAAAUGGCGUCUGUUAUUUUACAGCAUGUUAUUACAUGUAUUUUACGAGGACCCUGUAAAGUCUAUAAACCCCUUUUACUGGCAUUGAGGGUAUCAAGACGAUAUUAAGAGUUUUCUCAAGCCUUAAGAUACAAGAAAUCCGAGUUGGUGGACUGUGUGUGGAAAAAAAGUGUCUUAUUCCUUCCAUGGUGCUGCAUGUUUUGUUGCAAUUCGUCCCGCAGCCACACGCUCAUGAGAAACAAGAAAGAAAAAAAAGAAAAAAAAAUUAUAUGUGCGAUUGUUUUUUCCCUCCAGUCACAUCAGAUGGGGCUUUUUAUUAUUUGUGAAAUGAAAAGCUAAAUUAAACCUGACGAAAAAAAAGACUGAGAGCAAGGGCAGGAUUGAUUUACUCGCUGUAUUGGUAAAUAUGACCACGUGAUCCAUGUAACCAAUCCCAGUAGAUGCAGGCCAGCAAAAAUACUAUGAUUGUUCAUCGAGGGAAGCUUCCCGUAACAGUGCAACCCUUAUUAUAUGAGUAGGAAGAGAUCAAAAAUGUCUUCCAGUGGCACUCUCAGUAACUGCUAUGUGGACGCUGUAAUGGGGCAGGAGCCGGAGGAUGUGUACGGCGCUCGCUUUAUUCAGGCUCCACACGCGAUGACCCCGAGGCCGUCAGGUGCUGGGGACAACGCAGACUUCUCCUCGUGUAAUUUUGCACCAAAGUCCGCCGUUUUCCCGUCGUCCUGGUCCUCGGUUCAUCCUCAGGGGAUAUAUCACCCGUACGUCCACCACCACCACCACCACCAGUCCCAUCUGCCCGCCUCGGACGGCAGAUAUGUCGGCGUCCGAUCCUGGAUGGACCCAAUCUCGAACCACGUUUCGUUCGCCGGAUUCCACUCCAGCAGUCGGCCGUACGGGACAAAGCCAGAUGUACUGCCAGCGAAGGCUGCGGAGUGCGACACGUUGGAGGCAGAGACUCGGCCGCUCGCCGGCGAAUUCGCCUGUGGAGUAUCGGAGUGUCCAGAAAAAGCGACCAAGGAGCACAGUGGAAGUGAGCUUUCGAGCCACAGCGAGCCCAAAGAGGAGAAACAACAACAACUUGACCCAAACAACCCUGCAGCAAACUGGAUUCAUGCGCGCUCGACGAGAAAGAAGAGAUGUCCUUACACCAAAUAUCAGACUUUAGAGCUGGAGAAGGAGUUCCUCUACAACAUGUAUUUGACAAGGGACCGGCGCUAUGAGGUGGCCCGCAUACUCAGUUUAACCGAGAGACAAGUGAAGAUCUGGUUCCAGAACAGGAGGAUGAAAAUGAAGAAGAUGAACAGAGAGAGGGGCGGAAAGGAUCACCUAUAAGUCCACCGCUGCCUGGUGCCAUAUCACACAUUUUCACAAAAGGAAGCCAUCUCUGAACAAUUAACUUUAUUUUAGUAGGAGCCUCCGUAGCCAUCUUAUUUUUUAGGAAUCUUUUAAGCAUCACGACAUUAUGGCCAAAAAAAUGACAGUAAAUGUUUUAAGUCAUCUAUUUUUUUUUUUUUCGUUUACAAAGCCACAAAAACAAACUGGGAAACGUGCCUAAAGCUUAUGUGUAUUGCUUUUAUAGUUUAUAUUAAGAAUUUGGAGUUGUAUAUAAAACGUGUUCACAGCAAUUACUUUUGACUGCUGUCUAUGCCAGCACACACUGUUUUAGUAAAACGUGAAUGGACCUGUUUUACUGACUUUUACUUGUUAAGAGAUGUUUUAAUACGCGUAUUAAGGUUCCUCAUUGAAAGUGAGACGGUGCAUUACUUGGGAAGAAUCCAAUCCUCUAUUUUUUUUUUUUUUUCAUAGAGAACAGUAAAUACUUAAAGAUUUUUUUUUCAAGUUAACAUACUAGGCGCGUAAGUAAUUCGGGUUUUAUAAAUAAUAAUAAUAAAAAAAAUCCCAUUUGACCAUUUACACGCAGAUACCGCCCUAGGUGGUGGCGCACGGCAUUAUUAUGAUAGAGAAUUUAACCCAAAGGUAAGCUGAAUUUUCUCAUUAGCAACCACCUAAAACUAAUCUUCAGAUGUUAGAUGAAUUAAAAACGCUCUUAAAUCCCACAUUAAGACGCUUGCUGCGAGUUAAAUUCCACUCUCCUGAACAGCACAUUUUAAAUGUAGAAUUACAAGUAAUAAAGUGUUUACGAUUGGGAGAGGAGGUGUUGCGGCGGAUUUCCAAUUUAUUGUCCAACUUGUACUAACAAUUACUUUAAAGCAGGAAGAAACGCGGUCCAAUAAAGCUAUAGAAAUGGCUAGACGUCUGGCCUAAAUUAGUUUAUGGGCCUGGCCAGUAAUUACGCUCCCCUUUGAAAAGCCCUUUUCUUGGGCGCUUGCGUCUGUUGCUGACAAACAGAAUGUAGACACUUUUCCACAGGGUGUCUGGUCGAUGAAUUGUUUUAGAGGAAAUCACCCCCACCUUAAUGGUCACGUUUAUUCAUCAACUGCACUUCCCACCGGUGGGAACAAAAAAAAAAAAAAAAACUUAACUUUGACUGGUGAGAGAUGCACUCUUACCUCCUGUCUUUUUAUUUUGAAGUGAAAUGCUGAACCGGAACUUAAUUUGUCCUACUUUUACAUCUGGAUAUGUAAUGAAAUAUUCUAUAAGAUUUUUGUUGUUGUUCUUAAAUUAAUUUUUUUUAAAAUUUCAAUUAAAUGAUGCACCUCUGAUACAGUGUGUUUACAUUGACCAGAAUAGUCUUUGAAGAGUGCUGCGGGCGCUAGAGGGCGAUGUUGUCCUUUAAGUGUCAGUCGCAGCCGGUUGGAACAUGCAGACAACACAUGGACCAUACCAUUCUCCAUCUGUGAUUUAUGUGAUAAAUGUGUGGCGUCGUGAUAAACGCGUCUGUUAAAGGAGCACGUUCCCUUUUAACUGCUGCAAACUUUGAAAGUCCCUGUUUAUGUUUUUAAUAUCGCUGUAUACCGAAAUCUCGUGACACCUUCCAAGCCCCAUAUAUUUCGAGGCACACUGGCACAGAAAAGCAGCCAAGUUUAGAGAAAAGGCUCACUGCAGUGGGCCCAGCCACUCUUUAACACUACGAAAAGCAAGAAUAUUAAAGAAAAAAAUCCUCAAAGAGACUCAUCUGAACUUCAUCGAAUGGAUUUUGAUAUUUUUAAUGCACAACUAAGUAGCGCUUUGCUGCGUCCUUGUGUAGUGAUAUAAUAAAAGUGCCAACGUCUUACUUCAUGUGGCUUGCCUGCGUGCGCGGCCUUAUUUAUUCCACUCAGUGGAAUCUGCCACAGUGAACAGAUUUAAACGACGUGUUGUUGUUGUUGUUUUAAACCGUCUUAACGCAAACCAUACAGAGGAGUGUAGUUAUUUUUUGCAUUUUUUUCUCCUUCUGGAUGAUGCAACCUCCUAAAAAAAAAUCUAUACUAUUCACACAAACGCUGCUUCUAGUCUUUGGUAACAUAUGAAAAACAAAUACAUUAAAUAUAACAUUUAAAAUGAAACACGGGGGACGUUAUUAUGCCCCCAAACACAAUUUUUGGUCUCUGUAGAAUCGGGUUACAGGAUCAGAAACCCACUAACCAUCAGCAAAGGUAUGGUAAUACACUUAUACGGUUACUAUCUUGAUAGGAUCUAAACAGGUUUUGACACAUCAGAUGAUAUCUCUGUGCUUUUCUUUUUUUUUUCUUUUUUUCUUUCUUUUUUUUUUCUGUUGGGUCAGUCUGUAGGGGGAAGGAUAAUUGUACUGUGAGAGAUGCAGAGCUGUGUGCUGUUUUGUGUCCUGUGGAGACAGAGCGAACGUUACUUCAGUCAUCACCACUGUAAGUGAUAGCUGUCAUGUGGGUAGCAGUUGUUUAGAGUAUUCCAACGCCGACAUGUAACAAUGGUUUAUUAUAUUGGACAUAUUAAAUUGAUUAUUUGCCUCUUGAUGUUACGACAUGCCACCGGACUGAUCGUUCUAAACAGUGUGUCACGAUUUAAAACGUGACUCCAAGGCGACGAAGGCCAUCUUCUUUUACGCGCGCAAUUACGCACCGUUUACGCGCGGCUUUAAUUCGACAACGAGAAUAUUUAUUAGUUUCAUAGACCACGAGCCAAGGCGGACAAACAAGAGGGGCACAAUUGGAGGGAAUUUCUUUAAAUUUCUGUGCGGUCACCCCCUCAUUUCGCCGCCACUGGUCGUCAUGUGCCUCUUUACUUAUGAGUGAGCAGGGUCAGCUAUUUCAGUCUCAGUCAUGUCACGCACGUAAAUGCUCCGUUGAUCAAUUUCCACACACUUCGUCCUGCCUUUUUUU